AUGGCGAAUGCGGGUCAAUACUUCGCGGUGGUGCCAUCGGACACGACUGGCCCCCUGAGCAAGUUCCAGAUCUACUUCAAGGAGCUGGCCACUACAGGGCCAGUGUUGGCGCAGACUGGGACGAACACGUCGUGGCCGAACGGCGUCGAGGUGAAGAAGAUCAAGGAGAGCAUCCAGCAGAACUAUUCGAUCUACGCUGACAAAGACGAGAUCUACAAGUACGAAUCCUCUGCGGACUUCACUACGGCAAAGCACGAACUAUGGGACGAGUACGUCGUACAUGCUGGCACGAAGGGCAUUAUCGCCUCGAGCUCGAAGAUGGCGACCGACCACCAACCUUCAUCGCGGGGGGCAUCCACUAUGUCCUCUGGCGUGGACGUCGACCCUUUCCUGGCCUUCACCGUGAAGAUUCAGGACACGGGCGAGUGCGAGCCCAUCAAGGUUCCGAAUCCUGCGGUUGUGCACGACAGCGGUGGAGUGCGGGUUCUCCUCCUGAAGAAGUGCAUAGUCUCGCAGCUGGCCUUGCCGAAUGGGAAGAAGCUCACCAACGGGGUGCGCAUCCACCGCAACAGCGCGGGAUGCGCCAAGGGCCUGCCCUUGAGGGGCAACGACAUCGUGUGGAAGAACUCUUGGUACUACGCAAUCAUCGACACUGAUGCUGAGCCCAUGUUCGAGUACCCCGAUCACGUCUCGCCCGACUCCUUGGAUGGUGGCUGGAGGAUGGCGGACGCCGAGGGCGAUGAUGUUGACGGCCCACAGUAG